AUGGACAGCAUACCCGCCGUCCUGAUCGCCGAAGUUCGAACGGCUUUCCAGGUCUGUUCCAAACAAUAUACGGCGACCAGAAGGACUCGAUUCAGUACCUGGCGGCCGUUGUUGAAGAGCUCUCCGCCGACCAGAGAGAUUGAGAACUUGCCGAUUCAAGUUGUCCAUAGUCGGUUGAAAGCUCGACAGACACCAUCCCUCCCGAAAAAGGCUCCGACCAACAAAGAGCUCGUUCUUGUUGAAGAGGAGGAAGAGAAAAAGUCUCUCGACACUGGACGGAAAGUUGAAGUUCCAUUGAAGGUCAUACCCAAGGCUGAAAUCGCUCCCAACCUGACUCUUUCACCCAAAGAACGGCUUCAUAUCGAGCAGCUGACCAGGAAACCGCCUCCUCGGAGUGAAACCAAGGUGUAUAAGAAGAGGUUCCGGAUAUACAGCGCAGGCAAUGGCAGAAUAUACAUGCUCACCUUCCUCCGUUUCGCCUCAAUCCUCGCACUAAGUUUUGUGACUGUUAUCGUUGCCCCUGCCCAUUGGAUGAAUGGCAGCCCCCUCUAUCUGGUUGCUGGGAUAUGGCUAGCCGGCUUCAUUCCUUUCGCGUACAUCAACUGGACUCUGAGGCCGAUGGUGACAGAAGUAUUCCUCCGACUCCCUCGAUCCGUUCAGCACUCACCUAAAGUGGCCAUGGAGUACGCCAAAAGUCUGCCCGCCGACGCCAUGUUAGACCUGAGGUUUAUGCGAGCAUCAGCAAUCACAGACCUGAUAUCGUUGAAGAUCGCCAACACCAGACCCACGAAAAGCGCUAUGCGUCCCGUCAGCUUCGAGUGGUUUGGUCCUUUAGUCGAACCUGGUUCAUUCCUCAGACCGAAUCCCACUCAAUUCUAUGUACGGCCACAGUCUGCAUCUGGGAGGGCUGCAAGAGAUGUUGUUCCUGGAAUCUGGAGCAAGGUGUAUGAACGUCUUACAGGAGUGGAGAGCAGUGUCGUAUCCAAAUGGCGGAGAUGA